CACUACACAGCAGCCAUGGUUUCCUCGAUAGUGCCACCAAAGAUUGCCUCACCCAACGCCAUCGGCGGUGCAGCUGAUGCCGCGCGCAUGCAAAACGUUGUCGGAUUCUACGAGAAGCUCCCACGCGGUCAAGCUCCAGAACCAACCGCUCGCGGACCGGCACAAUGGUACAGGAACCGAUACUUUGGCAAGAAGCCAUCGCCAAUGCCGCUCGUCCACAUCAUCGGAGGUCUGAUGCUCAUUGGCUACGCUCAGAACUACUACUUCCAUCUUCGCCACCACAAGAACAACGCUCACUAGAUGCUGGACACGAUCGGGGCAGCCGAAAUGUUAUAGACGGGAGGGAAGGAGCGAAGGAGAGCAUCAUGGAGUUGAAGAUCUGUACAUAGGAUCAUCCAACAGCUUCAGAGCCGCG